UCCAGGCCCAAUUUUGCACAUGUCAGGGGAGUUCCAAGCAAUUUCUUCCUCUGCAAAUCCCCAGUGUCUUACAGUCAGAGGGUCCUCAUGGGUGCUGACUCUUCUAGUGAGUGUAAUCUGUCUUCCUCCUCUGUCACCUGGCCAGUCUCCUCCCGAAUCCAUGUGGCUCCUUGAACAGAACUGAGUGGCAUCUGAAUCCCUGAAUGGAGGGAGGGGGGAGAUCCCUAGAUGCGCUCCAGGCUCCUGAGCCACACGUCCCGGGCCUGCAAGCUGCCCUCUCCUGUGGCUGCUGUGGCCCCUUCCCGCAUUUGCGGUGGCGUGUGCCAGCUCUGAAGCGUCUCCGGCCGAUCUCGUAAAUGUUUCCAGUGCCCUGCCGUCCCAGCCCUGCAGCAUCUAGACCGCAGCCCCCUAGGCUGGUUCUUCCGUCUGGAAAGCAACACUCAAACUGCACUCUUCCAGUUCCAAAAUACCCGUGCCCGGCACCGCAGAGCCCACCACGGGGGCGUGCCAUGGCCCUCACCGAGCGGUUUUCCGCAGAGAAGCCAAGAUAGCGAGGAGGACCUCGACGAGGAUGCAGACCGCUACAUGUGCAGUGGGGUCCCCGGGCAGCCAUCGGGCCUGGAGGAGGAGCUGACCCUCAAAUAUGGGGCAAAGCACGUGAUCAUGCUGUUUGUGCCUGUGACGCUUUGCAUGGUUGUGGUGGUGGCUACCAUCAAGUCCGUGCGCUUCUACACGGAGAAGAACGGCCAGCUGCCCUAUGGAGCAGGCAGGGAGCAGAGUCUGCAGCCCGCCAUCUCCCUCAGCAUCUACACACCAUUCACCGAGGACACGCCCUCUGUGGGCCAGCGCCUGCUCAACUCUGUCCUCAACACCCUCAUCAUGAUCAGUGUCAUCGUGGCUAUGACCAUCUUCCUGGUCGUGCUCUACAAGUACCGCUGCUACAAGUUCAUCCAUGGCUGGUUGAUCAUGUCCUCCCUGAUGCUGCUGUUUCUCUUCACCUACAUCUACCUCGGGGAAGUGCUCAAGACCUAUAACGUGGCCAUGGACUACCCCACCCUGUUCCUGACUGUCUGGAACUUUGGGGCGGUGGGCAUGGUGUGCAUCCACUGGAAAGGCCCCCUCGUGCUGCAGCAGGCCUACCUCAUCAUGAUCAGUGCGCUCAUGGCCUUGGUGUUCAUCAAGUACCUCCCGGAAUGGUCCGCCUGGGUCAUUCUGGGCGCCAUCUCUGUGUACGAUCUCGUGGCUGUGCUGUGCCCCAAAGGGCCGCUGAGGAUGCUGGUGGAGACCGCCCAGGAGAGGAACGAGCCCAUAUUUCCUGCCCUGAUAUACUCCUCUGCCAUGGUGUGGACGGUGGGCAUGGCCAAGCUGGACCCCUCCUCCCAGGGAGCCCUUCAGCUGCCCUACGACCCUGAGAUGGAAGAGGACUCCUAUGACAGUUUUGGGGAGCCCUCGUACCCAGAAGUCUUUGAGCCCCCCCUGCCUGGUUAUCCAGGGGACGAGCUCGAGGAAGAGGAGGAAAGGGGCGUGAAGCUGGGCCUGGGGGACUUCAUCUUCUACAGCGUGCUGGUGGGCAAGGCGGCGGCCACGGGCAGCGGGGACUGGAAUACCACGCUGGCAUGCUUCGUGGCCAUCCUCAUUGGUUUGUGUCUGACCCUCCUGCUGCUUGCUGUGUUCAAGAAGGCGCUGCCCGCCCUCCCCAUCUCCAUCACGUUCGGGCUCAUCUUCUACUUCUCCACCGACAACCUGGUGCGUCCGUUCAUGGACACCUUGGCUUCUCAUCAGCUCUACAUCUGACUGGGCCAGCAGCCAUGGGAAGCUGUCGUGGGGGCCCUCACGUAGUUCUACACUCUAGUGCCAUAUAUUUUUAAGACUUUUCUUUCCUUAAAAAGAAGAAAAAGAAAAGAAAAAAGUUUCGUGUUUACUUGGCAAAGAGGAAGAACCAACUUUCUGGUGCUAGUGGUUUUGUCACCUGACCAUGGCUCACUGGCUGGAAGCACCGGGAGUUGGUUGGGGCGCGCCCUGGACUGCUGGGCCACGUGGGGAGGGUGUGGCGAGGUCGCCCACCCCAUGCCACAGCCCAGGAUGCUUCAAGGGCCAAGGCGAAGGAAGGGACCAGGAGCUUGUGCUCGGGAUGGCACCUAGCACCUGCCCACUCUGGCAGGAGAAGAAAGCCAGUUUGCCUUGCGUGUAAUGUCCCCAAAGCUUUGUGAUGUCAUCGUUAUUUUACUACCUUUAGAAACCGAGUCCUGUUCUUGUUACAGCAGUUACUGCUGGGAAGUGGCUUAAUAUCAAUAAAUAGGUGAAUCUUCCUGGAA